AAUAACAAUGGCUUCAACUUGGUAUUGUUCAUUCAUCAUUUCCCAUACCUUGCUCCUCUUUCUACUCCACCUCUCUUCCUCCUCCGCCGCUACUCACCACCACCAUCACCACCACCGUUCACUGCCUCCAAACCCAAAGCUCCAACAAGCUUACACAGCCCUCCAAGCUUUCAAAAAGGUCAUCUACUCCGACCCCAACAACAUCACCACAAACUGGGUUGGCCCCGACGUAUGCAAAUACACAGGCCUGUACUGUGCACCACACCCUCACGACAAAACCAUCAAAGUCGUCGCCGGUAUUGACCUAAACGGCUACGACAUCGCCGGUUACCUCCCCGAUGAACUCGGUCUUCUCACCGACCUCGCUCUUAUCCAUCUCAACAGCAACCGCUUCUGUGGCAUCGUCCCACAAACGUUAUCCAAUCUCUCUCACUUAUUCGAACUCGAUUUAAGUAACAACAGAUUCGUCGGCCCUUUUCCAACCGUCGUCCUUUCUUUACCGUCACUUAAGUAUCUCGAUAUCCGUUACAACGAGUUCGAAGGGUCAUUACCGGCUCAACUAUUCGCUAAAAACCUCGACGCCAUCUUCGUAAACAACAACCGGUUCUCUAACGUGAUACCGAACAAUUUCGUCGCUAGUUCGGCUUCCGUUGUCGUCUUCGCCAAUAACAAACUGGGCGGCUGUUUGCCGCCGAGCAUUGCAAACUUCGCCAACACGUUAGAAGAGCUUUUAUUGAUCAACACCAGCUUGUCGGGUUGCUUACCGCCGGAAGUGGGUUACCUUUAUAAACUCAAAGUAUUGGAUGUUAGUAAUAAUAAUUUGGUCGGUCCAAUACCUUAUAGUAUUGCCGGGUUAGCUCAUUUGGAGAUAUUAAACUUAGCUCAUAACAUGAUGAGUGGGAUUGUACCUUCGGGUGUUUGUGUUUUGCCUAAUUUGAAGAAUUUCACGUUUUCUUACAACUAUUUUUGUGAAGAAGAAGGGAUUUGUGGGAAUUUGAGUUCGAAUGGUGUGGCUUUUGAUGAUCGCCGGAAUUGUUUGCCGGAAAAGCCGAGGCAAAGAAGUGAGAAAGAGUGUGAAGCAGCGCUUGAACAUCCGGUGGAAUGUUUUGAUUACCAUUAUGGCGGCGGCGGCGGUGGUUCGAUUGCGAUUCCUCCGGUUAUGGUACCGGUGGCUACACCGAUGUUAUCACCUUUUAUGGCUCCGGGACAUGCAUAAAAGGAUUUAUAUUUAAUGCACGAUAUUAUAUUUAGAUUUGAGAAAGGUGGCAUUAACUAGUUGAUUGAAAUGUGUAUAUAUAUAUAUAUAUAUCAAAUAUGAAGAAUAAGUUACAAUAUAUGUAUAGGAUUUAUAUUUGAUGAUUUAUACCUUUGUUAAUAAAUCAAAUGAUGUUAUUUUACUAGAAAUAAGUAAUUUUAAUUUGUUUUU